UCGAUUGUGUUUUUCAAAAUUUUUUCAUUACCAUACCAACCACCAUGUCCUUAUCUACCAGACCAAAAAGACGAGCUGCUACUAAAGUGGCUAUUAUAGAUUUAUCAGAUAGUGAUGGAAAUGAGGAAGCUACACCAGAAAAAAGAAAACGUACCAUUAAGGUAACUGCAAAAGAACCUAGAGUACGCAAGGAAAAGCCAACUGUCUCUAAGGAGAAAAAGGAACCCAAGCCACGUAAGCCUAGGGCAGACAAAAAAUCAAAAGAAGCAUCCAGAAAUGAUGAAAAUACACCACCCAAUGUGGAAACUAAUGUUAAUGAUGAUGACUUUCCGGAGGUAAUCAAUUCUCCUGUAAGAGACGCAGCAGAUGGUCAGUGUUUGCAGCCGGAAACUCAAAAUACUAGCGGUUUAAACAUAGAAUUAUCAGAUAGUGACGAGGGACCUUCUCCAGAAAAAAGACAACGUAUUGAAAAGGUAACUGCAAAAAAACCAAGAGCAGUCAAGGAAAAGGCAACAGUUUCCAAAGAGAAAAAGGAACCCAAGCCACGUAAGCCUAGGUCUGAAAAGAGAUCAGAAGAAGCAAUCAAAACUGAAGAAAAAAGACAACUAAAUGUUGUGGAAACUAAUGAUGAUGACGUUCCAGAAAUAAUCGAUUCCCCAGUAAGAGACGCAGCAGAUGGUCAGUGUUUGCAGCCGGAAACUCAAAAUACUAGCGGUUUAAGCAUAGAAUUAUCCGAUAGUGAUGAGGGACCUUCUCCAGAAAAAAGACAACGUACAGUUAAGGCAACUGAAAAAAAAUCUAAAGCAGGCAAGGAAAAGGCAACUGUUUCCAAAGAGAAAAGGGAACCCAAGCCACGUAAGCCUAGGGCUGAAAAGAAAUCCGAAGAACCAAUAAAAAUUGAAGAAAAGACACCACUAAAUGUUGUGGAAACUAAUGAUGAUGAUGUUGCAGAAAUUAUCGAUUCUCCUGUAAGAGAUGUAGCAGAUGAUCAGUACUUGCAGCCAGAAACUCAUGAUACUAGUGGUUUAGACAAUGAAAGCAUGUAUGAUGAACAACCAAGAGCCAGGGUGCAAGGCAGAAAUAGUUUUUGGGCACGCCGCAAAGUUUGGACCAUUGACGAACUGUUGGCAGAAACGGCCAACAUUGAGCCCAGAGCUGCCCGCAAUAUUGUGCAGUUGUUUGAAAAUGAGAAUACUAUUCCUUUUAUUUGUCGUUAUCGCCGAGAUUUGGUGGAUCACAUUGAGCCGGAAAAGUUGCGUGACAUUAAGAACAGUUAUACGGAAAUUGUUAAUUUGCGUAAAAAGGCUGAGACGAUCGUCAUCCAACUGGAAAAGGAAAAUGUCAUCGAUGAGGAGAUACGUACCGAAAUGAUGUGUGCCAAAACUACAGAGGAAUUGGAGUUUUUGUAUGCUCCCUAUAAACCGGCCAGCAAAGGCUCUUUAGCUGAAAGAGCUAAAGCUUUAGGCUUAGAACAAUAUGCUGAUCGUUUACUCUAUGGAGAACUGCCACAAGUUUCCACUCGAAAUUUGGUCGAUCGCAAAAAUCCCGAUAUGGAUAAUGAAGAAAAAGUUAUCACAGGAAUUUGCAAUAUUAUAUCACACAAUAUAAGUAAACAUACUGGAGUAUUGGAGGAAUUAAGACGAUUACAAAAAGUCCAUCGCAUAGUUUUAAAAACUUCCAAAGUUAAAAACCCCACCGGCAAAGACAAGGAUACAUCAAAACCCUCAACUUCCUCGCAUGGACACGGUCAUGGUAAUAAAAAUGAUGCCUCUAAAUAUGAAACCUAUUAUGAUUAUCAAAAUGAUGUGCGCUACAUGAAACCUCAUCAAAUAUUGGCCAUAAAUCGUGCCGAAAAAUUGAAAUUUCUUUCGGUGAAAAUUAUUAUAGCCGACUAUGUACGCAAGGACAUAGAGCGCUAUGUGCGCAACAUAUUUAUGGAAGAGGGUGAAAAGUAUCCUUUAAGAUUUGAUGUAUUUAACAAAGCCUUUGAGGAAUGUUAUACCAAGAAAUUGCAACCCUUGAUGACUCGUCAAAUACGAUCAGAUCUAAAUGAAUCUGCCAAAAAGGCCUCAAUAGAUGUUUUUGCCAAAAAUCUAAAGCAAUUAUUGUUAAUGUCUCCCUUGAAGGGAGAACGUAUUUUGGGUAUAGAUCCUGGUUUUACCAAUGGUUGCAAAUAUGCUGCCAUUUCAGAAACAGCCGAUGUUUUGGAAUCCGGGGUAAUGUAUCCUCAUAAACGUAAUACUGAUCCGGAGAAGUGGGGUGAAGAGUUGGCUAAAAUUUUAUUGAGACACAAAAUUAACAUUAUAGCGUUAGGUAAUGGCACCGCCUGCCGGGAAACUGAAUUUUGGCUUUCAAAACUUUUUGAAUUGGGAAUUUUAGAUUCGGCUUACGUACGCUACAGUAUAGUGUCCGAACAGGGUGCCUCCAUAUACUCUUGCAGUGAGGUAGCUAAAAAAGAAUUUCCCCAUAUGGAUAUGAAUGAAAUAAGUGCGGUGUCUAUAGCGCGACGUCUAAAUGAUCCUUUAAGUGAAUAUGUCAAAAUUGAGCCACGUCACAUUGGUGUGGGCAUGUAUCAGCAUGAUAUAAAUGAAAAGCAGUUGAGCGAAUCUUUAAAUGAAGUGGUUUCGGAAUGUGUGAGUUAUGUGGGUGUAGAUAUAAAUACGGCCAGCAUUACAGUGCUCAAACAUAUUGCCGGCUUAACGGAGAAAAAGGCAGAAAAAAUCAUACAAUAUCGUUUGGAAAAUGGUUCUUUUCGUACGCGCAAAGAUAUGUUGCAAGUUAAAUCUAUUGGGGAAAAGACGUUUGUACAAUGUGCUGGCUUUAUACGCAUAGAUCCUCGCAGUUUGGGUGGCACUAUAGAGAAUUUACUAGAUUGUACUUGGGUACAUCCGGAGAGUUAUGCGGUGGCUAAAAAAAUCAUUUCCAAAUGCAAACUUGACAUUAAGAACAUUGGUUCAUCAGACUUCAUACAAAGGAUCGGAAAUUAUAAGAAUUUAUGUAAUAUGGAUGAUUUAGCUAAAGACUUUAAAACACCCAAAGAACGAUUGGAUGUCGUUUUUCAAGCCCUACAACGUGAACUCUUCAAAGAUUAUCGCAGCGAUUUCGAUAAACGACCUUUGUUUAAGCAGGGUUUAACCAAAAUCACCGAACUAUCUCAGUGUGAUGUUCUAACGGGUGCCAUUACCAAUAUCACACAUUUUGGAGCAUUCGUGGAUAUAGGUGUAGAAUGUGAUGGUCUAAUACAUACCAGUAAUAUGGGUAGAAUGAAAUUAAAUAUUGGUGAUCGUGUCACGGUGUCCAUAGUCCAGAUGGAUGUUAAACGCAAACGUAUUGGCUUACGUUUGGAAGAAAUGCUAAUGGAAACGGAUACAUCGUUCACAUUUGCUUGAGAAGAAUGAAAGUAAUUAAGGAAAUAUAUUUAAGAAAAAUACACAACUAGAGAGUUAACUUAUUUUAAAAAAAUAUAUAAUAAAAGAAGAUGUAAUAAAACUUUUAACGUUGCACAAAAUGUUAUACAACAAAGAA